UAAAUGUCUGAUUUGCGUCAUUUGCUUUUUAAAAUGCGUACUGUUGCUUCUUUAAUAGUCUGGCCCCAGACAGAGAUAGAAAUGGAAUCAAUGACGAUUAGAAAAAAAAGACGAAGGCUGUUGUAAAAACCCAGUAACAGUCAUUCUGUGCGUGUUUGGGCUUUGGAGGCUUCUGAAACAGCAAUUCCGGCGAAGGACGUCUGAUGCAAGGGGGGAGCAAGUUGGUUCUUGGUAGCUAUCAUGCGUCACUAGAUCAGGAGCUUGGGCGGAGUAUUAUGUUAUUUCCCCAGCAGCAGAGUGGUGCAUUAGAUAGGCAGCGUGUUUCAGUGAAAACAGAGAGAUUGCUGGAAAUAUAUAGAUUUACCCCAAGCAAACAAAAAAUUUGCAAGGGCAUCGACGAUAUUUUGAUCAAGCUUUGCAAUUGCCUUGAAUGGGUCAGUAGGCAGCCUUGGACUCGGCGGCGAUGGGAUGAACACCGUGGCUCAGACAAGGACUGCUGGCUCUUGUUUGUUCCACACGAUUCCGCUCGGCGAGCAGUGGAUGGGUGAAGGAUGGAGGCGGUGAACGGGACUCCAGAUAUUCGCCAGCAGCAGCCGGCGGAGAAGAAGAAACUACACCGAGCGCCGUCUCCGGCCAGACCCAAGGCGCUGAUCCGCGGCUGGUCGGUGGCGAAGUCCAAGUGUAGCCCCGGGGGCACCAAGCCGGGGCUCGCCCAGUGCCGCCUGUCCCGGCACAGCCCCGGCCUCAAGGACAUCAAGCUGGGCAAGUCGCCGGCGGGCAAGGCGGCGGGGGCAGGGGCAACGGCGGGGUCCCGGGCCGGGAAGGGGGAGUCGCGGAGCAAGAAGCCGGAACGGGCAGGGGGUGCGGGCGGCGCUCCAGGCAAGAGGAAGAACCCUCGGGCCGGCGAUGGGCCCCGAGCCCCGGGCAAGCGCUCGCCCGCCACCGACAGCAGCUCGGAGCUGUCCGACUGCCCGUCCGAGCCGCUGUCCGAGGACAACAAGCCGCCAUCCGCCGAUACCAGCGACAGCGAGUCGGCCCGGGGCGCCGGCGGCUCCGAGCCCCCGCUGCCCCGCCGGGGAGCCUGCUCGCCGGCUCAGGACGAUCGGAGCUGGCCUGGGGAGGACGGCUCCUUGGCUUCGGCCAGCGGCCAGUCCGACGGGCCGUGUGGGACCAAGUCGCCGUCGCUGGACAGCCGGCUGCAUGUCAGCAACUCGCUGGGCUUUUCGGAUUUCAGCGAAGAAUUCGUUGACAGCAUCCAGGAGGAAUUCGUAAAGGAAAUCGAUGAGCUGCGGUCUGAGAACGAUUACCUGAAGGAUGAAAUUGAAGAACUUCGAGCCGAGAUGUUGGAAAUGAGAGACAUCUAUUUGGAAGAAGACGUGUAUCAGCUACAAGAAUUGCGUCAAGAACUAGAUAGAGCAAACAAAACUUGUCGGAUCCUUCAAUACAGACUGCGAAAGACUGAGCGAAGAAGCCUCAGAGCAGCUCAGACAGGUCACGUUGAUGGAGAACUCAUCCGAAGUUUAGAACAAGAUGUAAAGGUUUCAAAAGACGUGUCUGUAAGGCUUCACAAUGAACUGGAAGCUAUUGAGAAGAAAAGAAUAAAGCUGGAAGGAGAAAAUGAAGAUCUCCGGCAGAAACUAAUUGAAAUGGACAUUUCCAAGCAGGUGUUGCAGAAUGAAAUGGACAAAAUGAAAGAGAGUUCCCUGAAGAAGAGAAAUAGCCGUGUCACCACAAAACAAGAAAAGAAACCCUUGCCACAGGAGGAUAGCGCCGACCUGAAGUGCCAGCUCCAUUUUGCAAAAGAAGAAGCUGCCGUGAUGUGUAAAAAGCUGACCAAGUUAGUAAAGGAGAAUGAAACCAUGAGAGAGGAGCUGGUGAAGUACAGCUCUCUCUACGGCGACUUAGACAACGCAGUGUCUGUUGGUGAUAUUGGGGAGUCUCCUCAUGUGAGAGAAGCCGAGCUAAAACUGCAUCUAAAGUUGGUCGAGGAGGAAGCCAACAUUUUGAGCCGAAGGACAGUUGAACUUGAGGUGGAAAACCGUGGACUCAAAGCUGAAAUGGAUGAGCUGAAAGGUCACUGUGAGAAAGAACCUUUAGGCCAGGACAUUAGACUGGGAAUCACCUGCACAAGCUAUGGCGAGUUUGGGGAGAAUGUUGGAGAACUUCGGCGUCAACUUCAGUUUGUUGAAGAGGAGGCAGAACUCCUGAGGCGAUCCUUGAUUGAGUUAGAAGACCAAAAUAAACACCUCAUGAAUGAACUAAACCGAUACAAAAGUGAGUGUAAUCAGGAGUCAGCAUGGUCAGAUAGUUGCCCAUCGUUGAACGAGCCUUCCCAAGAGGAGCUGAUGUCAGCAAGACUCCAAAUCAGUGACCUCAACGGGAAAGUCAAGAAGCUGGAAUAUGAGAAUCGUGUACUCGUCUCAAAUCUUCAGCGCUAUGACUUGGCAUCCUACCAGUGCCAAAAGUGCUGCAAAGAGUUUGAUGCAGAGGUUAGUGACUCUCUAGAUAUCUCUUCAUCGCAGCCUCGAAGAGAAGUACCAGUAGGAGGAGAAAAUGAUUUGAAAGAAACUCAAGAGAGAACCUCUGGAAGUGGGAGCAGCAGAAUCGCUGAUAAUGAUGACUUCACUGGUAGGUUGUUAGGAACAAAAGACCUCGAAAUUCUGUUCGGUAUUAAAGACCAAGCUGAACUUGUUAGUGAAGUUAUUGAUCUAUUAAUCUCAGACACAAGUGGCUUCGUUUCUGAUGCCAAGUUUUGUUCGACCAUUGAUUUACCAACGCAGUCUUUCAAGGAAAGCAGUGAAGAAGCUACAAAUGUCAGUGAUCCUAAUUUCAUGAGCAGCAUUAACUCAAGGCUUCUUGGCUUAAAGACCGAAUUGGCAUCUGUUACUGAGAAAAUUGAUCGGCUUAGUGAAAACAUCAGAGAAGAAAGUAGGAGUUUGUCCCCUUUACCCCAUCUGACAGAAUCAGCGAGUUUCUUGUCCACUUUGACUUCAAUGUCUCAGGACUUGCCAAUGGAUUCUGUAGGGAAAGAAUUUUCAGCUGAUUUAAAGCAACCUGAAUUUAGGGAUCAAGUGGACUGGCAGCAAGAUGGGAGUCAAACCCCGGAGAUCUGUGGAACCAACAGCAAGGAGUAUCGGGAAAGUAACAAGGAUUAUAACAUCUAUAGCCGUGAAGAAAGUGACUCCUACGCUACAGAGGUCAAGGAACUCCAGCUUGAUUUAUCUGAAGCCAAGGAAACUAUCCGAGGACUGCAGGAGCAGCUUGCUCAGGAAAGGGAGCUUCGGAACGAGGACGCAGAAAGAUUUCAACAGAAAAUGUCACAGCUUAAGGAGGAGCAACAAAAGGCACUCGUGCGAAGAGAUUUUGAGCUGCAGAGCCUGAAUUUGCAGACCAAACUUGAGCAGAAAUUCUGGAGCCAGGAGAAAAACUUGUUUGUGAAGGAAGCUGAUCAGUUCAAGCAAAACCUCUUCCUGCUUUAUAUGAAGCUGAAAUGGUUCCUGAAACACUGGAAAUGUGGCAAGAAGAUGGAUAAUGAUGGGGAUGAUUUACUAGAGGUUAACAGUGUGAAAGAUUUAUAUUUGCUGAUUGAAGAAGAGGAGCUGACCCCUCGCCAAGUGGACAAUAAGACAGUGACAACAGAUGAUCAGUCUCAGAAAACCUUGGAGGAGGCUUUGACUCUUCCAGUGGAGAAAUCUGUCCUUGCAUCACGUCCAAAGCAGUCAAAUGAAUACAAUAGAGUUGUAGGAGACAUUAAAAUGAUUUUAAAGGACCUGUGCACAGAAUUAAAAGAGGAAAGAAGGAGAACAAAUGAGCUUCAGCUACAAUUUGCAAAUGCCAAAUCAGCCUGGGAAAUAGAAAGGGUGGAACUCAAAAGUCGUGUUGCACAGCUGGAAGGUAGGGCUGGGAAACUGGCUUCUGAGAAAGCUCCUGGUGAUCUGAAGACUGCCUUGAAGUGGGAGAGGGAAGAACAUCAGCAGCUACUCGCAGAGUCCUACAGUGCAGUAAUGGAUCUAACACAGCAGCUUCAAAUCAGUGAGAAGAACUGGAGUCAAGAAAAGUUAGAGUUACUGGAUCGAUUUAACAAUGAACGGAGCCACAGUGAGCAACGCCUGAAGGAAAUGCAACACAAGAUCAAUCAGAUGCUGCAACAUAGAAACAACAUAAAAGAAACUUCUGAUGAAUUGGAAGCAAAGGGAACUAAUUUACAGCGAGCCAAGUCGGUUUCUUCAAUGUCUGAGUUUGAGAGCUUGCUGGAUACAUCUCCAUAUUUACCACCCACAACUGGCCCCUCCCCAAAAAGCUUAAAGAAUCUGGAAGAGUUGAACAAAAAGAAUCGGAAACACACGACUAAUGAUGGCGAUUCCUUAUAUGAGAAAUCAGAGGACAAGCUAACCAAGCAAUCGAAAACUGAAAUGCCUGUAAUCUCAUCUUGGGACUUCACCAUGGCUGCAAAUCUGGUUAAUCCACAACUCAACAAAAAGCAAAUGCAGAGGAGUUACACAGCACCAGACAGAACGGGCAUUCGGAUUUACUACAGUCCACCGGUCGUCCGCAGGAUGGAUGGUUCUUUGGUCCAAAACAAUGAAGGAAAGAUUAUGAUUGAACCAGGUUUCCUGUUCACCAUGGCGAAACCCAAACAAACUGGCAAUUCAGACCUCAGCUCAGAGAAUGUGUGCAACACGUGGUUUAAUAACUUUUCCAAGCACCAGGAUCUGUUGAAAAACAGCAGUGGAGAGCAUCCCAUUUCUGUUCCUGCUUCUGCUGCUUCUGGGUUUUCAUCUGCCCUGCAUGAUCUGCAAAUAUCAGGUAACAUGAGUGAUGACAUGAAGGAGGUGGCCAAUUGUGUCAGGAACGUUAUUUGCACAAACCCACUGGAGAGGAAGGUUAAUGAUACUGCAAGCCAGACCGUUGGAUUUGUCAGUGUGGGUACUCAGACCACCCGGACUAUUAGCAUUGGGCUGCAGACUGAGAGUCCAAGGUCACUCUCUAGCAGUCUUCACCGAUCCUGGGCAUCAAGAGGCUCCUUGCUAAUGCCAACCCAGAGUUCCCGUAGCAAACAACUCUCUUCCUCUUUGGAAAAGGUGCCAACUAAGUUUGAACGUCCUUGCUGUUCACCAAAGUAUGGCUCUCCCAAGCUGCAGCGAAGAAGCUCAUCAAAAAUAGAUCAUGCAAGGGAGCGAAGUCCGUGGGCCAUGUCUCAUAGAGGACAGAAUGAGUCAGCCUGGGCCAGGUCAACAACUACCAGGGAUAGUCCAGUGCUUAGUUCUAUCAACGAUGGGCUCUCCAGUUUGUUCAAUGUUGUUGAGCAUACCUCUGGAAGCGUUGACUCAAUUUGGAAAUCAAGCCAGCAUGAAGCAAAAACAAAAGGGGACACGUCAAGAUAUGGGAUUGUUCAGGAGUUUUUCAGGAAUGUGUGUGGCAGAUCCCAGAGUCCAGCAAAUGGAGCUGAGAAACCAAUAAAAGUUCCAGUCUCUGAUGAAAGUGUCAGAAAAGCAGAUUUGACCACUCCAUCGGGCCAUACACAAGUAGAAAGUGUUUCCCGUACCGUUAACAAAAGGCUUCCCAAGCAACCAAACAAGGAGGACCAAAAACCACCAACACCCACUCCAGCCCAGGGAGCUAAAGAUCCAGAUGCACGGGAUGCUGGUGGAGCUUCUGGUCUGUUUGAGGAAGCAUCAUGUGAUUGUACAUCUCAGUCACUCACCUCCUGCUUUCCGUCCAGAUCGUCAGCACGUCAUUCAUUAUCGCAAUGUAAAUCACGUUCUUUGCCUUCAGAUCCAAAUGCCUCGGAUGAAAAGUCAGGCUGAGUAGUGAAUUGUGCCACGUGGCUGGGCAAUUACAUGGAUCUGUGUUCUAAAGUAAUUGUUGCAUCUUGCGCUUUAUCUGACAGCCCAGGUGAAAUUUGAGAUGUUUAGAAGAGAUGUUCAGGUUGUAUUGUCAAGUUCACUGUAGAUUGCAAAAUUUAAACUGUAGAGCAGAAGCAAACUAUUGGUUUUUAAUCACAAAAAUUCUGAGAGAUCUGGGGUUGCAUUGUUUAGAUGGUUGAGUCAUUUCUACAAUAGCACUAUAUAGUUAUUCACACAAUAGCGAGUGUUUAAUCAGGUAAUGACAGCAGUCUUCAGUUCUUAUGGCAAACCUUCUCCCAUCUGUAUUGCUGUCAUAUGACUCUCAUUUGUGAACUAUGGAUGCGCAUGGAGCAAGAGGUGGUUAGAACAGUAAGCACUGUUGUACCACUGCUCAAAUAUAUUCAGCCAAGAAAAUAUUAAUUGCUGAUGAAGCAUGUUCCAAAUUGUUCAUUUUGAAAUCUCGAGUUUCCAGCAACUAUUGGUAUUGGACAUGAGUGCAGUUUGCAUAAAGAUUAUUAUAAAGUACUAGAUCACCUCUGGCAUUGUACUCACUGAGUCAGAGAAUAUGGAAGAUGAAUUGGAUGGGAAAACUAAGCAGGAGAGGUGUUGCAUGGGUCUCCAGUUACACCUGCUAUUUAUUGAAGUCAGUGCGACUGGAUAUUGUGCGAUCAAUGUAUAAUAAGCGGCCUGUUUUAUACCACUGGCUUUGGCUUAGUGCUAAACAUAUUUCUACCCCACAGUGUUUUUGUAAGCUAAUGGUUGACUCUUUUAAGGAAACAGACUUUUAAAUAUUCACUAAAGACAGGGUGCAGUCACGGUUCAAUAGAGAGCUUCUCAUAAUUGAAAGAAUUUGUAAAUUGCAGGCUCUAAUCAUUGAUUAGCUUUCUCACACAUUUUCAGAAUAUUUUAUCUUGUGGUGAUAAAUUAAUUGUGUUAGAAGAAUAAAUCCCCACAUUACUUUUGGUUUAAGAGCUUGGUACACAAAUAGGAAUGGUCAUUCAUUGUUGUUCCUGCAGAUGUUACUAACUUAAAUUGGCCCCUAAGUCUGCAAUACACUGUGUUCACUAUAAGCCAGAAAUGAGUUGCAACUGGUAUUGGCAAAAGAAAUACAACAAUGACUGAAGUAGAUGUUAGUUUCCUUGUAUGCUCAAAUAAGGUGCCUAAUGCCCCUGGGGGCUUCCCUGGAUUUUUGGAUUACCCUGAACAGCAUUGACCCAGCUAUGUUAAGGGAAAGCAGGCAUGCACUGUGGUCUAACAUUGGUUCUUACAGAAACUACUGCAGACUGCAACCAAGAAGGUAAGUGUUUCGAUUUAUUGAUUUCAUUGCAAAACCUUGCCCCAAAACGCACAUUAAAAUUGUAUGGGCCACUUCUGACCACUGUUGAGUCCUCUUCACCAGUGAGCUGCCUGAGGUGUCCAUAGCUUUCGCUGGUGUACCAGUCCUGACCUCUGAUGCCUGCUUUCACAUGCAAUGUACGCCUUGAUGUUCAGAAGCAAGGAUUGUUCCACCAUUCACAGAAAACUCUAAUUCCUAGGCCAUUGCUGCUUUGAUAUGCUUCUCAAAUUUUGUGCUACCUUGGAUGAAAUUUAAAUUCUGAGGGAUAUGACUGUAUAAUAUUUAUAAUUGCUGGAAUUCACAAAGGUGGAAAAUGCUACUUUUUCCCUGCACCUGAGGAAUACUCAGAAGGAAAAAGUAGAGAUCACCUGAAUCAGAUGGUCUCCCAGAUGAUGCAUUGCAAGGGUUUCCUUGGCUUUGCAAUCAAGCACAGGCCCAGCCUGACCAUCCAAGUGGGAAGGCGAGGGAGAGAGAGAGAGGGCUGCUUUAUUUUCCUGAGUGUCCAACCAUUGGGUGCUCAGAAACAUUUAUGCAGCUGAUUUUCACCAGCUGCCAGACUCACUCACCUGGAUAAAGAAAACAGUUGCUGACAUUUGGUUUUAUUGACUGGAUAGUGAGGAAAGGGGGAUUCAUGAGGAGGGGACAAGCAAUCUAACCAGGUUUGUUAAAUGAAGAGUGAACUGGAAUUCAAAGUCCUUUUCAUCUUUUAAUUUUGUGGAAUUGGAAAUGCAGGAUUUUGUGCAUCCCGCCCCUUCCCCACGAACCGCGUCCCGCCCCCUCCAACCCCACUUCUGUCCCACCCUGCCUCUCCCCAACCCAAUGCCAUCCUGCCCCCUCCUCCUCCUACCCCCUCCCUGUACUGAACCCCUGCUCUGCCUCCUCCUCCUCCCCUCCCUGUACCGACCCCACUGCCCUGCCCCCCUCCCUGUACUGACCCCCCCCACCCUGCCACCACCUCCUCUCCUCCCCAUACAGACCUCCCUGCCUCCUCCCCUCCCUGUACAGACCGCCUGCCAUGCCACCUCCUCCUCCCCUCCCUGUCCCACCCCCCCAGCUCACCAACCCAAUGCCACCUCCAUUCCCUGCCACCUCCGUUCCGUCCCUCCUCACCCCCCUCCUUGCCUCAUCCCUCAGCUGUCCAAUCCAAUGCCAGCCUGCCCCACCCCCUCCCAGUCCCACACCUCCACUCCCCAACCUCUCCCUGCCGCACGCUCCCCCCCCAGUCACAGCCUGCAACCCCACAAACCCAUCUCACCUCCUCUCCUUUCAAGUUUGGACACUCAGCGAGUUCUGCAACCAGUGGGCUCCCAUAAACCUCCGAUUUGCCGUGUGAAUCCCAUAGUACUUGGCAGCUCGAGGAAGUGAAUCAGCUGCCUCAUGAAGAAUCCACACAAUGUUUGUCCUAUUGAGUUCAAAGAAAUUUAAUUGCUCAAGUUCUGUCAUUGAUUUUUGGGUCCAUUCCACAAGAUUACAGCCCAAAAAUCAGGAUGCCUCACAUCUUCCCCCAUGUGAAAAUGCAUCUGCCACAUCUUUAUUCAUUUCUCAUCCACUCCAUCUUCACCUGCCCACCACUCCUAUUUUCUUCUCCUAAACAGCCCAGCUUCCAUUCCCACUCAUGCAGCUUCCAAUCUGUGUCCCUUUCUUUCCUAAUUUGUAUUCCAACAUGACUUUACUUAUCAUUCUCCCUUCCAUACUCCCAUCUGUAUCUUCUGGCUUCCCAUAACCUCCUGGAAGUUCCAGAGCUUCGGAAUGGUGUUGAUGUGAUGGAACAGCCAUUUCAGCCGUUGUCUCAUCAUCAAAGUUCCUGUGUGACGGAAACCUCCAGUGCAUGUUACCAGAGGUUAGCCACGAAGGUGGGAAAGGGGAUUCAUCAGUGCACUCCAGAAUUCAUGUAGUGAAGGGGGAGAUCAGACCAGCACUCCCCUCGUGGCAGGGAGAGGUUGUGGGGAUACUGGUAUGGCACUUGCCAUGCGAAGCAAUUAUGUUCAGUGGUGCCAGAGGGAGGUGGCUGCAUAUCACAGGGGAGAUGGGGGUCUCUGAGGACAUGGCUGCACACCGGGGAAAAGAGGGG